AGUCGCUGUCGCCGUGAGCCCGUGGCGCGCCUCCGCGGGACUGAGACCUUAAAGGUAGCCGCAAUGGCUGAAAAUGGCGACAGUGAAAAGAUGGCUGCCCUGGAGGCCAAAAUCUGUCAUCAAAUUGAGUAUUAUUUUGGAGACUUCAAUUUGCCACGGGACAAAUUUUUAAAGGAACAAAUCAAACUGGAUGAAGGUUGGGUACCUUUGGAGAUAAUGAUAAAAUUUAACAGGUUAAACCGCCUCACAACAGAUUUUAAUGUAAUAGUUGAAGCAUUGAGCAAAUCCAAGGCAGAACUCAUGGAAAUUAGUGAAGAUAAAACUAAAAUCAGAAGAUCUCCAAGCAAACCCCUUCCUGAAGUGACUGAUGAGUAUAAAAAUGAUGUGAUCAGAUCUGUUUAUAUUAAAGUCUUCCCAACUGAUGCAACCCUUGAUGACAUAAAAGAGUGGUUAGACGAUAAAGGCCAAGUGCUAAAUAUUCAGAUGAGAAGAACACUGCACAAAGCAUUUAAGGGAUCAACAUUUGUUGUGUUUGAUAGUAUUGAAUCUGCUAAGAAGUUUGUAGAGACCCCUGGCCAGAAGUACAAAUACACAGACCUGCUGACACUUUUCAAGGAAGAUUAUUUUGCAAAAAAAAAAAAAAAAGAAGAAAGAAAGCAAAAUAAAGUGGAAGCUAAAUUAAGAGCUAAACAAGAACAAGAAGAAAAACAAAAGUUAGCAGAAGAUGCUGAAAUGAAAUCUCUAGAAGAAAAGAUUGGAUGCUUGCUGACAUUUUCGGGUGACUUAGAUGAUCAGACCUGUAGAGAAGAUUUGCACAUCCUUUUCUCAAACCGUGGUGAAAUAAAAUGGAUAGACUUUGUCAGAGGAGCAAAAGAGGGAAUAAUUCUACUUAAAGAAAAGGCCAAGGAAGCACUAGAUAAAGCCAAAGAAGCACAUAAUGGUAACCUACAAUUAAGGAACAAAGAAGUGACUUGGGAAAUACUAGAAGGAGAGGUGGAAAAAACAGCAUUGAAAAAAAUCAUAGAAGAUCAACAAGAAUCAUUAAACAAAUGGAAGUCAAAAGGUCGCAGAUUUAAAGGGAAAGGAAAGGCAAAUAAAGCUGCUCCACCUGCGCCUGCUAAAGGAAAAGUGGAGUUUCAAGGGAAGAAAACAAAAUUUGAUCGUGAUGAUGAACGCAAUGGAAAUGGUGCAGCUGGUCCAGUGAAAAGAGCAAGAGAAGAAGCAGACAAAGAACCUGCAUCAAAACAACGGAAAAUGUCCCCCUCCUUCUCCUGCUGGUCGCCAACAGCAUCAUUGUCAUUUCCUGCCAUAGAGGCUGGCACACCGGAGGAGGAGGGCCUGGAUGAAGGCAGAAGCCCCCAACUUGGCUUCCUGCUUCCACCCACUCUGGACCCCCAUUCUUCUCUUUGCCCAGUGAUUCCAGGAUCAAGCGUGUGCAAGAGGCUGGGCUCGGAUUUCCGGAUGGCUGAUUUCCUGCUCUGCUGGGAAAGAAGGCGCCACCCCUUCUGGAAGCUGAUCUGUGACCAGGUCUGCAGCCUGUUCCUCCAGGGAGACAAGGAAGUUGACAGCCUCGAAUACCCCAGCUCCGCUGGAGAUGCAGAUCAGGGCAGAAAACAGGGAGGGGAGCGGACUGCGAGUACGAUCUUUCCUGCGGUUCUCAUCUCCUCCAGACCCAGUGACUCCCACUUUGAAGUUGCCUUCCAUUCCCUGGAAUCACAAGUGGUGUUAGUCUCUUGCCCGGAAGCCCCUGGGUACACCAAUGUGGCAGGUCACCUGUUCAGAUGCUCAGUGUGGCUAAGUGAUGUCACGCGGGCCGACUUGCUGAAUCCUUACCAGCUGCCACAAACCUCCUUCCAGACAGUGCGCUGCCUUGACUCAUCCUGUCACUGUCCUGCUUCCGGGGAGGCACGGAGAGUGGGCAUGGCUGGCAGCCUGAGCAGCCACCACCAGUGCUGCCUGGCGGGGUGA